ACACUACAGCAGUUAACAGCAACGCAGUGACUGGACCUAUUAUCGAUAAGCUUCGUGACUCACGAACAGCUGUUAAUGUUUUCUGUUGUGUUUUUUGUUGUUCGUGUUUUGCUCAACGUGGAAAAAUCGUUCUAUUUUUAAAACAACUUUCGAUUUUAUUUUGGAAUUGUAAAUUGUAUUCCAAAGUAAAACUGCUCACACACGCUACGCCAAAACUAGCGUUAAAGUCUGGGCAAUGUGCAAGCAAUAAAUAAAAGUAAAAUAAAAGAAUAAAUCGAGUAAAAGCCGGCCGGGUUAAUAUUGGGUGAUAGAAAAUACGUCACCUGUGGAAUAUAUGCAUAGAUAUAUGCAGAUAUAUAUGUGAAUUGGCCAAAAACCGUAGCAUUUGGUGACACAAAUAUGCUGACCAUUAUGUAAUAAGCCACAAAUACGAUUGAUUUGUUUGCUAAAAUGGAUGCACUCAUCUUCCUGACGGCGGCGGCUCAUCUCGUAUAUACGCCGUUCACCAAGGUCGAGGAGAGUUUCAACCUGCAGGCCAUGCAUGAUAUCUUAUAUCUGCGCAACAAUUUUACGGCCUACGAUCAUCAUGAGUAUCCCGGUGUUGUGCCACGCACUUUCAUUGGACCACUAAUUGUCUCCAUGUUGUCGGCUCCGUUUGUACUCCUCUUUGAGACAUUGAGCAUAAAUAAAUUCUGGGCACAAUAUGUAGUUCGUCUUGUUUUGGCUGGCGCUAUUUCAAUUGCCUGGCAUAAUUUGCGUCAAGCGGUGACCAAGAUCUAUGGCAUUGAGGUGCGUUUAUGGUUCACGGCUAUCACCAUAACGCAAUUCCAUUUCAUUUUUUACAUGACACGCCCUCUGCCCAACAUCUUUGCAUUGCCACUAGUGCUCUAUGCUUUGGCAUGUUGGAUGCGUGGCCAAUACAAACCUUUCAUCAUUUGCUCGGGCAUCGCGAUCAUUGUUUUUCGCUCAGAAUUGGCACUGUUUUUGGGCCUGCUUCUUGCCUUCGAUCUGGUGCAACAGAAGUUAUCCAUUGAUGGCUUACUGAAGAUUGCUGUGCCCGCUGGCGUCGGCAUUUUGACAGCUACGGUCUUGGUAGAUUCAUUCUUUUGGCGCCGCCUGCUUUGGCCCGAGGGCGAGGUGUUAUGGUACAACACUAUACUCAAUAAGAGCUCCAACUGGGGCACCUCACCGCUGCUUUGGUACUUUUACUCCGCUUUGCCACGGGCUAUGGGCGUUUCUUUGGCUUUUGUGCCCAUUGGCAUUUAUUUGGAACCACGCAUACGACCGCUUGCGUUGUCGGCACUGGGAUUUGUGCUACUCUACUCUUUACUGCCCCACAAGGAGCUGCGCUUUAUAAUCUACGUGUUUCCGGUUCUCAACAUAGCAUCAGCCUGCGCUUGCCACCGCAUGUGGAUUAACAGCGCCAAGUCUGCAUGGCAUAGUUUUGUGGCUCUAAUCGCUGCUUCCCAUUUGCUGCUUAAUGUGCUUAUUACCAUCUUCCUUCUUGUCGUUUCGGGCACAAAUUAUCCGGGUGGUGCAGCGCUGUCGCGACUGCAUCGUUUGGAGGCCAGCAAUCCAAAUGUUUCGGUGCACAUUGCAAAUUUGGCUGCCCAAAGCGGCGUAUCGCGUUUCAUGGAAAUCCAUAGUGAUUGGAUCUACAGCAAGGAUGAGACAAUGAACUAUACUCAAGCAGAGAUGGCGAGAUACAGCCACCUGUUGGUAGAGGCGAAGAAUAAGCAUAACACGGAAUUGUGGACAGCGUUGCAGGAUGAUUUUGACACCAUGGAAUUUGUGGAUUGCUUUAAUAGCAUUGGGAUUCAGUACAAUUCGCUGUUUCCGGUGCGCAUCAAGACAAAACCUUGCAUUGGAAUUCUUAAAAAACGUUUUAAGGCUGUGAAUGAAAAGAAGAAGUCAAAAGAUAAAAAUAUAAAAGAUAAUACGAAACCUAAGCAGAAGAAGGACAAAUCUAAAGUGAAAAUAGUAGAGGCAGUAGAAGAAAUACCCUUAGAGCCAGUAAUGCAAGAGGAAUCUAAGCUGGACACCGCAGUAAAUUCAAUUGAACCUUCUGAGCAAGUAUCCAGUGUUGAACCACAGCAGGAGUUGGAGAUUGACGAUGAUGAUGGCAUAGUUGCCACUGUGGAAGAAUUUUCUUUGGAAGUUAACGCAGAUCCAAUAGAAGUGGCUAAGGAAAUAAAUUUCCAGGAAUUGCGCAAUCUUGCUCUCAAGCAAACAACUCACAAAUCCCGUGCCGCAACCAAACUAAAAUUACGAAAGAUUAUCGAACAGCACUUCAGAGCCAAGGGGCGACAUAUCGAAAACGAUUCGGCCGAACAGCAUAAACCGAAUGCUGGGCAACGGACUGGCAUCCGUCAAUCUGUGAAAUCCAUCAUUAAGCAGGAGAAAAUUAAGGAGAUGAUCGAGCAGAUUGCCACUAUGGAUCUGACUCGUGUUUGCGACCUGGAAAAGACAUCGACAAAGGACUGCCUAAAACAGGUCAUAGAUAAAAUGGACGAAGAGAGCAUAAAACCCCAAUGAUACCCUUUUGACUUUGCUCCCAAAAAUAUAAAAUGUAUUUUUUCAAGUUUUUUGAAAUAAAUGUAUCCCAAAGACAA